CAGUUAUGCGGCAAGAGGUCGGCUCGAAAAUAGUCAUUUUGAGUACCAGUAAAAUCUGUGUUUGUAGCACUAAAAAAGUUUCGUCCAAGACUGAUAUUUACGGUGAAAAAAAGCGGGGAAAUUGCUUCGAUCGAUUUUGGAGUUUUCCGUGGAUGAUGAAGGACUUUUGAAAACAUUUAUUCACUGCUCUUUAACGUUGUUAUCAGCUUUCCCGUAUCGCGUGACUUCGACAUCGCAGGGAAAGUGUUCACUCGCAGAAACAGUAUUUUCGCACUGCCCACGCCAAUUUUCCGCGGAAAUAUGUUCGGAAUAAUUUGAUUGAAAUAUGUCGCAGAUAAUAAGAGCGAUUCGGCAAUAAAAUAAACGAUCGAAAUGGACGGAUUGAUGGGAAAAGAAAGAGAACGAUGCCCACACGAAAAGGCGAACUUUUUCAGCAAAUUAUUCUUCUGGUGGAUGAAAAGAUUUUUGAUUCCCGGUGCGGACACGGAUUUCAAAAUGGAAAAUAUUUUUCAUCCGCUCGAGAACGAUCGGACUGAUAGGAUCAGCGAUCAAUUGGAAAUAGCUUGGGAAAGAGAAUCGAAAAGGAAUUCGGAGCGCUGGUCGGGGGUCGAGGGACACAAACGUUCAAGCUCGACGAAGCUCGGUUACGCCUUAAUUUCCGUAUUCUGGUUGGAUCACUUGAAAUGUGGCGCACGAAUUUUCCUGACGAACGUAGCGUUGAGAGGUAUUCAGCCGAUUUUAGUAGCGGGAAUAAUUGACUACUUUAGGGUAAGUGGCUCGGGAACAGGGACGUCGAAAAAUGUUGCUUUCCUUUACGGAGCCAUUUUGGUUUCGACGAGCAUACUGAUUGCCGUGAUUAAUCAUCACACGUACUUGGGAAUGAGUCGAGUGGGAAUGAGAGCGAGGGUCGCGUGCAGUUCUCUAAUCUACAAAAAAAUGUUACGAUUGAACAAAUCCGCUGUCAGUAGAACGACUCCUGCAGAAAUACUUCAGCUGUUCAAUCACGAUCUCAACCGUUUCGAUGUUCUCGGAUCCCUCGCACACAGAUUGUGGAUUCUUCCGAUCCAGGCAAUCGUAUUCGGAGGUUGCUUGUACGUUACGACAGGUCCAAUGACUUUGGUGGGUUUUGGGAUGCUUUUAAUAUUCGUGGUGCCCUUUAAAUUCGUUAUAAAUCGAUACAUCAAGCGGCAGGCGAGACAAAUCACGCAUUUUUCUAACCGGAGAACAGAAUUUAUGGACGAACUUAUAAACGGAAUUCGGGUCGUUAAAAUGUACGCUUGGGAAAACCCUUUCGCAAGAAUGAUAUCGAGCGCCCGAAAUUCCGAAAUGCGGGCUAUCCGCAGGGUGAAUUACUCGAGAGCGUCAUCGCUGGCCAUCUCAAUGUUCUCGGCCAAAAUAACCAUCUUCGCAGCCUUGGUGUCUUACGUUCUCGUUGGAAAUAAUCUCACUGCCCGAGUCACGUUCACCGUAGCGCUUUACUACAGUUUCCUCUCAGAUUCGGCCCUGGGAUUUCCAUUGGCGAUCCUGCAAACUCAGGAAAUCGCUGCGUCAUUGAAAAAGUUACAGAGUUUUUUGACGCUGGAUGAGCUCCGCCCAGCGAGCUUCGUGCCGGAGAAGGGAAGAGAGCGGGAUUCUUUGAACGAAAGUCACAGCAGCAUUUUGAGCGCCUACGGCAUCGGCCGUUUGCCGCAGAUCGUAGAAACUGGGGAGAGCGACGAAGAGUCUUCGAUCGUUGAAGCAGUUUAUUCCUGCAGACGAGCCUUUGUGAAAAUGAAUAAAUUAUCAGCUGAUCGGGGGCGCGGCGAGUGGCCACUUUGCGACGUUUCUUUCGAGGUCGACGAGGGCGAACUCUGCGCCCUGGUGGGCCGAGCCGGAUCGGGGAAGACGGCUCUGCUUCAUGUGCUCCUCGGAGAGCUGCCCAUAGACAAAGGGCAUUUGUGCAUCGGUACGAAAGGCGUAACGAACUGCGAUAACUUCCGACAGAAAUUUCGACGCCUUCGCGACACCCCGAACAUCGUGAUUUCUUACGCCAGUCAAGAUCGUUGGCUAUUCGCCGGUACGAUUCGCGAUAAUAUCGUCUUCGGGCAGGCCUGGGAGUCCGAAAAAUUUCGAAAAAUCACAAAAGCCUGCGCCCUUUCGAAGGAUGUGAGGAAAUGGCCUCGAGGCUACUCCACCGUUGUUGGUGAACGGGGAAUCGCGCUCUCUCCUUCUCAAAUAUCCCGCAUCAAUCUAGCACGAGCCCUUUAUAAAAACGCCGAAUUAUAUCUCCUCGACGAUCCUCUGAGCGGCCUCGACAUUCAUCUUCAACAACGUUUAUUCGAUCAGUGCAUCAGCGGCUAUCUCAACGGUAAAACACGAAUUCUGGUCACACACCAACCUCGACAUCUCCAGUCCGCUGACACCGUCGUUCUCAUUGAUCGGGGAUUGGUUAAGGGACAGGGAAGUUUUGAGUUCCUCAGUGAAUCAAACUCCGAUUUCAUCCGUCUAUUGAAAGUUCUCCGUCAACCGUGUUACGAUGAAAAUAAUCGAUCAGAAAAUAUAGCGAAUGACAGAAGUGGCGAGGAAACGGAACUAGAAGAAUUCGAGUUUUUCGAAUCGCUUUCACCGAUCGAUAGUGCGAGCAUGGACUGGUCCGGUCGAAAUAGUUUGGGAUCACGCACGAGCAUCGAAAGCUCGAGGACGAGUAUGCCAGGUCGAAUAUCCUGGAGAGUUUGGUUCCAUUUUCUGGUCGCUGGAAGUUCCCUAUUCGGGAUGACGGUGUUGAUUGGCAUAUUGAUAACAGCGCAGACAUUAUUGACGGCAACAGAUUAUUGGAUGAGUUAUUGGAGCAAUUUGGAAACUGCGCGGAGGAGUUUGUGCGAAGGUUCAAGAAUACUGGAGAAAAACAAAUAUCGCGAGUUCACAAACGACACGAUAUUUUCUUACUUCGCGUUGCUCGACGAAGAAGGAUUUUUGCGGAGAGAAUCGGCGGUGUAUUUCUAUACAUUUCUCGUUUGUUGUUCCGUCGUUUUUUAUCUUGCUCGGAAUUUCCAUUUAACGUCGAUUUGUGCGAGGGCCAGCAGCCGAAUCCACGACGAAAUGUUCGAGAAAAUACUCCGAGCUACGAUGAGAUUUUUCAAGGUCAAUGAACCGGGGCAUAUCGUUUGUAAAUUUUCCAACGAUGUCAGCACGAUGGACACAUCAUUGCCGGAUGUUUUGCUCGAAGUUAACCGAGCCGGGCUCCUCACGAUCGGAGCCUUCGUCACCGUCGCUGUCACCAAUCCUUGGAUGAUAUUACCGAUGCUCAUUCUGUUCCCCAUUUUUUACUGCUUGAUGAAAUGUUAUUUCAGAUUUUCCCGUGGCAUUAAAUCCCUCGAGGACGAUUGUCGAAGUGCAAUCAUCACGCAAAUAAACGCAACUCUUGAAGGAUUAACGACGAUAAGGAACAGUGAUCCCGGUGUUCGUGAAAUCUUGAGAAGGCAGUUUGACAGCUACUUGGACAUUCAUUCGGGCACGUGGUUCCUGAAAUCCGCUGCGGACGCGGCUUUCAGCAUGUGGCUCGAUCUUUUCAUUUGCAUCUUUAUAGCUUGCGCUUGCUUCAUACCGAUUCUCCUCGAUCACGGAGACGUUUUCGACGGAACGGUCGGUCUCGCCAUUUGGCAAUCGCUCCAAUUGCCCGGUUUGCUUCAAAACGGGCUGAAGCAGUGGAUCGAAGCCUGCGGAUACGUGACAGCAGUCGAGACAAUCUUGCAGUACAGCGAUGUCAAGUCCGAAGGUUCCCAAGUCUUGGACGAUCCGCUGCCUUCCAAUUGGCCAAUGAAAGGACGAUUAACCAUGAAAAAUGUUUUUCUUCGUUACAAUGAAAAUACUUUGCCAAGUAUCAAAGAUGUGAAUUUAACGAUCGAAUCGGGCUGGAAAUUGGGAAUAAUUGAAUCUCCAGCAGCAGACAAAAGUUCUCUGAUAUCGGUGAUACUCCGUUUGGAGAAUGAGGCUUUGAGCGGCGAGAUAAUGAUCGACGGAAGAGACACAUCGAGGAUUGGGCUGGAGGAACUCCGUUCCCAAAUAUCCGUCAUACCUCAAGACUCGAUAUUGUUUUCGGGGACAUUGCGUUACAAUCUCGAUCCUUUGGAUCGUUACGAAGACGAUGUUCUAUGGGAAGCUCUUAAGGACGUUGAGUUGGCCCAUUUGAACUUGGACCUUCCGGUUAUGAAGGGCGGAGCGAAUUUCUCCGUUGGUCAACGACAAUUGGUUUGCCUGGCACGUGCCAUCCUCAAAAACAAUCGAAUUUUAAUAAUAGAUGAAGCCACUGCGAACAUGGAAGCGAGGACCGAUGCCAUCAUUAAAAAAGUUUUUAAAACGAAAUUCGCCAGACAUACGGUAAUCACCGUAUCCCGAAGACUGCCAACGGUUAUCCAAAGCGAUCGUAUUUUGGUGAUGAGCGACGGUAAAGUUUCUGAAUUCGGCUGCCCUUACGAGCUCAUACGCCUCAAUCCGGGGGGUCCUUUCGCCCAAAUGAUUCAGGAGACUGGCCCGAUGAUGGCAGAACGUUUGACGGGAUUGGCGAGGGCUGCUUGCCUCGAACAGCCCGCGCAGCACAGUUUGGAUCUCGACAGUUUGAACCUGCUCGAAGAAGGAGCGACAACUGAUUUUCAUGAAGAUUGAAAUGUUUCAGUUCGAGGCGAAUCGUCGCACCGUUGCGUACGCCGCGUUUGCUGAAUCGUGCGUGAUAAUACACGCUUUUCCUUGUCCUUAUACAAAUGUCGUAAAAAAAAUUUAUUUUUAGAAAUAACGACACAUUUUAAGUGGUACUUAGACCGAAAGUUAUUCGCAAACUAUAAUUAUUUAGUCUUUAUUCGUUAAGUUAAUCGCCGAUAAAACAAUCUAUUUACGAAGAAAAUAAAUACGAGAAAUAAGUGGCUGUUAACACGUA